UCUCUCGCUUGCUUGGCUGUGCGGUGCAUGUUUUUGUGUCAUCCAAGAAAAGAGUGUCUGCUGAAUGUGUUCACGUCGUUUAAGAAAAAAGUUUUCCUCACUAACAAAGUAAAAGUAUUAAGAGUUGCAAAAAGUUGAAAUAAAUAGUUAAAAGAUAUCAGUGUGGCGUAGUGUUCAAAAUUACCGGUUUCAGCAGUGUGACGCGCACGUUUUUCCAUAGAACAGAGUUGUGCAAUUUCGACAGCACUACUAGAAAUCUUACCACACGAUUCGGCAUAGCUUUUCCUCCACGCACGCACGCACGACACAGUCACAAGCUCAACAGGAAGAAGCAUUAAUUCCGUUGCGGCCUUUCGUUCGGUCCAUCGUGUGUGUCUUUGUGCUGCAAUCGUGAUUCACACCUGGCUGCAAAGAAAACAACGAUAGUAUUUAAUUACGCCAACGUCGUCGAUCGUCAUAGACUGCAGUAGAAUAAGCAACAACAAAAACAGGAACAAUGUGCAGCGAGGUGAACAACAAGCUAGCAGACCCAACACCAGCCUCUACCAAUCCGGCCGAUUAUGGACAAAAUCUUAGGAUCAUCGAAUGCAGCGCGCAGAUCAGAGAACUCCAAACAAUCAUCAGGGACAAAAACACGACGAGAAGUGAUUUCAAGUUCUACGCCGAUCGACUAAUAAGGCUGGUGAUCGAGGAGAGCCUAAAUCAGCUGCCCUAUUCGGAUUGCUCCGUCGUGACACCAACCGGGGCAAUUUACGAUGGGCUCAAGUACCGGUCCGGCAAUUGUGGCGUCUCGAUUAUACGUUCCGGCGAAGCGAUGGAGCAGGGACUGCGAGAUUGCUGUCGAUCGAUUCGGAUAGGGAAAAUCCUGGUGGAAUCAGACGCGGAGACUCAUGCAGCCCGGGUAGUGUACGCCAGGUUUCCGGAUGACAUUUCCAGACGGCAAGUGCUGCUCAUGUACCCGAUCAUGGCCACGGGGAACACCGUAAUACAGGCAGUCAACGUAUUGAAAGACCACGGAGUCCCCGAGACGGCAAUCAUCCUUUCGAAUCUGUUCUGCACACCGGCGGCCGCUUCCAUGGUUGUGACCGCGUUCCCCGAAAUGAAGAUCCUCACCUCGGAGCUGCAUCCCUCGGCACCGAACCACUUUGGCCAGAAGUACUUUGGCACGGACUAAUCUGCGCGCGAGAGGGACACCUCAAAUGUCUAGUACGACGUGCAUAUACAACUUUUACUACGAAUAUUGAUCGGUGCUCACACACACGCGCACCGGGAAGGGGAGUCUACUCGCUCUUAAUUUAUUUAUUAACUUGUUUUUUUACUUCGUGUUGAAUGCCAGUAUCAAUUGUGGUUAUUUUUAAAGUUUUCUUUUUUAAUUCACGCAAUUGUGGUAUGAUUGUGUAUUACAAAGCAAGCAAGCAAGCAACAAAACGUUGUCCCCUCUUGUCUAGAAGUAUGACUUAAUUUAGUUUUUAGGCUCAAAGCGCGUUGUCAGAAUAUGCCAGGAAUUUGAAGGGAAACUGAUCUUCGUUUUUUUAGGAAUCGUUAUAAUAUAGACUAUUAAUAUAAGGAUCCUUGAAUGAA